AUCGAGCGUCGAGCUGCGUGAUCUGCACCUCUGCAUUAUGCGCGUUUGGUGUCGGUGGGGAUUCUCGGUAAACACAUAAAAAACCGGCACAGGCACAGAGCUCCAGCCCCUUCGCAUCCCCCACAAGUUGCUAGUGUGUGUGGAGCAGGAGGCGGGCUGUCUUGUUUAUCAAAAAUGACUCGACAUGGCUGUACCGUUUACUCAACCCUCACGGUUCUGCGAGCGAGCCCAGAAACUAUAACCAGCUGAGAGAGAGAGACGCAAAAUAUCUUAAUGAACGUCAUAAGUAAAGUUGGGUGGCCAUGGACCCUUUCAGCCAGCUCAUUCUCAUCAUCUCGGUGACCAGCUUCUUCACCUUCCAGUGGCUCUUCCACAGAGUCAGCCCCUGGAUGUCUGUACGCAUCAGUCCUGGCUUCCUUGGCCUCAGUGACAAGCAGAAGGUGGAAUGGAACUCGAGGACAGUGUCAACGUUUCACGCGUUGUUGGUGGGGAUCUUCUGUCUUUACAUUCUGUUUUUUGAUGAUGCUGUCAAUGAAGAUCCAGUUUGGGGAGAUCCUACACUGGUCAAGACAAACGUCGCAAUUACAACAGGCUACCUCAUAUCGGAUUUGCUGCUGAUAUUUUAUUAUUGGAAGGCAAUAGGCGACAAGUUUUUUGUAGUUCAUCAUCUGGCAGCAUUGUAUGCUUACUACUAUGUACUGGGCCAAGGAAUGUUGCCUUAUUUUGCUAACUUCCGCCUGCUUGCUGAGUUUUCUACACCAUGUGUAAACCAGCGCUGGUUCUUUGAGGUACUGGGUUAUCCCAGGUCCUCCCGGCCCAACAUGGCAAAUGGCGUUGCCAUGGCAGUGGUGUUUUUUCUGGUCCGCAUCGCUGUCAUGCCAGUCUACUACGGUCGCAUGUAUGCGGUCUAUGGCACUGAGGCCUUCUACCUGGUGCCGUGGGGUGGCCGUGUAGCCUGGAUCUGCUCUAGCAUCUGCUUGGACAUUAUGAACAUAAUGUGGAUGCAUAAGAUCGCCCGUGGAUGCUACAAGGUCCUGCGAUCAGCACACCGGAGCAAAGCUGGCGCACCUCAGGAAAACGGCAAGACAGAUUAAGGGAACCAAGGUGUCACUGUUAAGAAAAUGCCACAACAGACACACUGACAACACUCUGUGCAGUGGCUUGUAGCACGUUGGACCCUGACAUGUAAGGCUGCUUUAUUAGCAGCGUAUCUGGGACUUUAGAUUACAGGACUACAUCCAAUGAGGGAACUUGAGAGCAGGAUAUACCAAUGGACCGUUUAAACUGGCCAUCCCAAAGCCAUGAAAUGACCUCUUAGCAAUACUGUGUGCAUGGCCAAUUAUUUUUCUCUUGAACAAUUUACAGGAGAGGUCAUCCUGGGACAAAGGGGCUGUCAGCCCAACAACAAAUUGUCAAAAAGUUUACCAUUCUUUACAAACGUAGUGCUCAACAAGACUUUUGUAUUAAUGCUGCUGUCUGAGUUGCAGAAUGAAAAUGACGAAAUAGGAGGAGGUCUUGAUGUAAAGAUGCGAGGAAACCUCCGGAGCAUUUAGUGAUACCACAUUGAUGGUCAGUGUCAUAAAAUCACUGUCAGAUGCCUGUUGAAGGACACUAAAUACAGACCUAAUCAAAUUACAAGUGCAGCGUCAGAAGAAUUAGUGUGACUUUUAUCACUCACCUUUUGUCAUUUAAAUUAUUUUUAAGACCUUUAUUUAACCUGGACGUGAAAUGCCACAGAUUAAGAAAUUCUUUUGCGUGUGUUCUGGGCCAAAAUGGGCAGAUAAAAACCAGCAUUUUAAGUCUAUUAGAAUAACAUAAGUCCUGUUUGUUCAUUUUAAAUGUAGGGUUGAAGAUGCAUCAGUACACUUGUGCAUUUUACUACUUUUGUCUUGCUGGAGUUGAGACACAUAGGGUUUUAAAGAUACAGAGAAUUAACUGGUAUUAAUGAAACGAGAUGUACAGAGUACCUUAGAAAUGCUAAAAGGGAAAGUGAAUGUCACUAGGGGUGUUUGUACAAUCAGAUAUGUUAAUCCAGUCAAUUUGUGUACAAACUGAUCACUUUGCAUACUCAAAGGUGUGUUAUUAAAACAUUUUUCCCCCACAUUGUAUUUAUUUUGCAUUAUGUAAUGAAUGUAGAGGGGUGCAGCCGACCUGAGUCAGUGUCCACAGACAAAUGUGAGGAAUUCAAAAGAUAAACACAGGAUUUCUUUCUUCACUACUUGCUGGCUCGACAUUUAAACGCGUGCUUAACUGAAAAUUGCACAAGGACAAAACAUCAAAUGUUGAGACUGAGAAAUGUCAUUGGCUGCUCACUGAAUUCGAAAAAGGUUUCAAAAGAGCAAAAGACCGUAACAAUGUAACGCAUUGUUAGAUUAAAGCUAACAAUGCACAUUUUUUUCAAAACACGACAUUUUUCAGUUUCAGCAUUUUAUUUACAUUUUAUUUAACCAGGAAGUCCCACUGAGAUGCAAAAAAAAUCUCUUAUAGAAGGGAGAUGUUUAAUAUGCUGUUUAAAUGAUCUGAAAGUUUUUUUUUGUUGUUUUUUUUUACGACAAUCAGUAUUUCAGGUGGUUAAAGUUUUAUGUGUCAUUUAUGACAGUUAGCUGUUAAAGGUCAUGUGGUUGUCCCAUAGAUGGCGUGGGUGGCCUGUGUUGAUUUAUUGGAUUGCUACAAGGGUUAAAGACUUAAGUGGGCAUGAGACUAUAUGGGAGAAGUUGAGCAAUUUGUGUUUCUUCUUAAUUCUACUUAAACUCUUGAUGUUACUCAUACAACACUGAACACAGGAAUCUUUCAGUCUGAAAUUGGCAAGCGGCAACCGCUCGGUUUAAAAGUCACAAUGGUUCACAGAAGAUUUGUGGUACCUACUUGAAUAUUUGUUGCACCUUUUACAUGAGCUAUAGAUCAAAAGCUUCUGUCAAAUGUUUUGUGUCACAGAAACAGGGAAUGUUAGUUUUUAAAGUCUGCCUUUCUAUGCUUGGCAUUUGAUUUUGUUGCCUUUUUAAAAUAACCUUAUGAUUGCACAGUCAAUAUUUUGUUACACCCAACUUACAAUGCUGAAAAAAUGUGUUGCUUUUCAGUGAUUUUUACUUGUUUUCCUUGACUGUUGCCUGUCUUAUGUGAUUGAUUGUUUGGCUCUUGUUAUAUAGAUUCAAAUGAAAGAUUGAGAGGCUUUUUAAGGCUGGUUGCUUCCAUGCUUUUAUGUUAUUUUUCAUUUUAUUUUAUUUUUUUUAUUAAAUCUAUUUGUGCCAGUGCUUAAACCAUUGCUACUCCAUAGUAAAUGCAUACUGUCACCAUGAGGUUACAAUGUGUAUUUGUCUGUUUUCCCUCAAAAUAUGUUGUAUACAAUUGUGCCAACUUGCAACCAUGGUUCAGAUUGAUUCUAUUUAAUUACCAUCUCUGCAUGCUGUGGCUAGUUGCAGAAUAGCAAGGCUAGGUUUAGUCUGUCCUGUUGCGACGGUAUGGGGUUCUUUUCUUGUACGCCAUUAUUACUGGCAAAAUAUUGGUGGGUGUCAUCUUAUCUGCAGGUGAAUAUCACUACUGGAAAUCUUGGGAAAAGUGGGAUGGGAUCUAAUGGGAAGUUUCACUGAAGUUUGAUGGAAAUAAGUGGUUUUUGGAUGCUAGACCGCUUCUGGUAGAGCAGCACAGGCCCUGUGUGCAAGCUCAUGCAUGGUCAAUAUGGUCUUAUUCAGGCACCUUCUAUAACUGCAUGUGGUAUUGCAUGGGGAUUGCACUGUAAGCAAAUAUACAUUUGCAAGAGUUUUGUUUUGUUUUGUUUUUUUAAAAGUACAUGUACAUAAUGUUUACUUAAAUGUUAUUCUUGUACUGUGCCACAUUAGGUAAUCCACAGAAGCAGAUAUUUAGUACAAUAUCCAGCACAGAAAUAACCAGAAAGGGAAUACUUGAAUACUAAUCUUCACAGUUUAUAACAGUUUGGGCAGUGCAAAUGAACAUUAAUCCUUUUGAGCAUCCUGCAUUGUAUGUGGACAGUUGUUUAAUUUAUUAAUAUGAAAGAAGGAGACAUAAAACAAAGCAGAUGCCAUGGUAACAUAGAGAGAGAGCCCAGUCCUGCUGAGUUAUUUAAAGUGGUGUUGAUGUUUCUUUAAUGUUUGGAGGAGAUGUGAGUAGGCAGAGUGUUUAGUGACAUUCUGUGAAUGUGCUGGAGAUUAGAAAGUAUUUGUCAUUUCCAUUUUUGUUUCUCCACAAUAAAUGCCAAAUUAACUUA